AUGGGUCACUUCGUAGCUGCCCGAAAGCACGGAAGCGGGCUUCCUCGCAUUUUGCCUGACUCUAAAAACUUCUUAACUGCUCCGUCAACGCGUCGAAUGCGAAAGCAUUUUUCAUCAUCUAACUUGCUGCGAUUUAUUAGCAGGUUUCUUAUACUUUCUUUAUGGUUCCUUGCUGGUUCGUCACAAAUGGCAGUGGCUCAUUGCAAGUCUGUUGGCCUUGAGAAUAUGCUAGGUUCUGACCUACCUUUGUACAAGGUUUCACAGCGUAACUUUACUAUGCUGACUGUUCGCAGCGAGUUAAAGGGUUCUGCGUAA